AUGAGAUUCCUUUUCACGAUUCGCGGAGCGCCAGAUCAGAUCACGCGUAAAACGAAAACAACCGAAAGAGAGCAGAUGGCGAACAUUGAGAAGAUUCUUCUAGAUGUUCAAACUGGUCAAGGAACUAUGCUCGCAAAACUUGCGGAAAUAGUGACGAAGCAAACCGAGCUAGAACAGAAAAUAGACAGCGUGAUAGCAAAAUCAAAUGUAAUUGAGGAGCGCAUUAAAAUAGUUGAAAAAUCUGAACGGAAGACAGAGGCUAAGAUUGACGACCUUGAAAAUAGGAGCCGCCGGCUGAACUUGGUUUUUUAUGGGGUGCCAGACAAUGAGCGCCAAGAAACGUGGGAAAAAUCUGAGAGCCUGAUUAAAGAUAUUUGCAGUGACGUGCUCAAGCUUGAUAACAUUCCGAUCGAGCGAGCCCACCGGCUGGGUGCCUUCACGGAGGGGCGCACUAGGCCUAUUGUCGCAAGUUUCUCAGGGUGGAAAGCUAGGGAAAGUGUUAUGCGUAAUGCUUACAAAUUUAAGAACACUUCAUUCAGUGUAUCUGAAGACUUCAGUCAUGCUGUUCGCGAAAAGCGACGGCUUCUUUGGAAUUAUGCAAAGGAAAAGAGAGAUAGCAAAGAAUACCGAGUGCGCCUUAACUAUGAUAAGCUUACAAUCAACGGAAAGACGUUCGUAUGGGACAGUGAAAUAAACCAACCCGUCCUGCUUCGUGCACAUGCGCGAUCUCAAGGAGGUGACUGACGUGACGUCAGUCAUCCAAGGACCGGA